AUGUUUGCUUGUGGUUGCCCAGCCCAGCUGUUGCCUUGUAUGUCUCAGACAGAGAGGGACUCUGAGCUGCCCAACAUUGUCCCGGAGAACCAUGUGGAGGAAAUAGUGGAGUUCAGCAUUGACCUGGUGGACCCAGGCUACAGGGAACUACUGGACGACCCUGACUCCCCCCAAUAUGUUGACCUCUCUCAUCACCUGCAAGACCAGAUGCUCCAUGUUUUUGACAAGCUCCCAGGAUUUAAAGAGAUCAGUGUUUUGGGAAUCAGACCUGGAGGAGUGACAGUGCACUAUUCUCUGGUCUUUCAGACAAUUUCAGAGGAUGACACAGGGACUCCAGUGUCAGCUGUGCCCAGCCUGCGGGAAAUGGUGGCCAAGGCUUUGAGUGAAGAGGCCUCUCUGCCAGUGGAUCUACAGUCAUUAAACUUUGAACCAGGUAGCCAAAUCACUGUGAAUAAGUCCAGUGAGCCAGCUUUCCACAACGAUCUGGACAUAUCCACAGAUGAGCCAGAGAUUGCUAUGGAGAAGCCUCGUCUGGAUGUUCCACUUGGCCCUGUGGAAAAGGAAAAUGCGCUCGUCACCCUCCUGGACUCUACAGAUAUGCCAGAUAAAGAAGAAGCAGCAGCACCACCAGAGAGAAGAGAUGUGCCCUACAUCUACAUGGAUACUAGUGAUGAAUUAGUGGAGAGUGAAUCUGAAGCAACAACUGAACCAGAGGAAGAGGUGCCAUUUAUCACACACAUGAUUGAAACCAUUCAAGCCAUUGAUGAGGGAACUGAGGAGGAGGCUGUUGUUGAGAAGGAGGCUGAGCCUACUCCAACCACUCAGAUUAAGCUUACCACAGCCAUUGCCACUGAGGAAGAGGUAUCUAACCCUGGAUUACCUGUGACGACUCUCUCAGCCAUCACAGAUCAGCCUGCCACUGAAGCAAUAGAGGACUUUGAAGAUGAGGAUGAUAUUAUCCAUAUUCCGAUUGAAGAGGUUGAGGAACCAGAACCUGAGGAUGAGUUGAAACCAGAACCUGAGGAAGAAGUAGUUGAACCAGAACCUGAGGAAGAAGUAGUUGAACCAGAACCUGAGGAAGAAGUAGUUGAACCAGAACCUGAGGAAGAGGUAGUUGAACCAGAACCUGAGGAAGAAGUAGUUGAACCAGAACCUGAGGAAGAGGUAAUUGAACCAGAACCUGAGGAAGAGGUAGUUGAGAUCUUGGAACCUGAAAAAGAGGUAGUUGUGGAACCAGAACCUGAGGAUGAGGUAUUUGAGGAACCAGAGCCCAAUGAAUAUGUAGUUGAAGAUCCAGAACCUGAGGCAGAUGUAGAUGAGGUCUUGGUAGUUGAGGUCUUGGAACCUGAGGAAGAAGUAGUUGAGGAACCAGAACCUGGUGAAAAGGUAAAUGAGGUCUUGGAACCUGAGGAAGAAGUAGUUGAACCAGAACCUGAGGAAGAGGUAGUUGAGGUGUCGGAACCUGAAAAAGAGGUUCUUGAGGAACUACAAACUGAGGAAGAGGCGGUUGAGGUCUCGGAACCUGAGAAAGAGGUACUUCAGGAACCAGAGCCCGAGGAAGAGGUAGUUAAGGCACCAGAACCUGAUGAAGAGGUAGUUGAGGAACCAGAGGAAGAGGUAGUUGAGCUCUUGGAACCUGAGGAAGAGGUAGUUGAGGAACUAGAACCUGAGGAAGAGGUAGUUGAGGUCUCGGAACCUGAGAAAGAGGUAGUUGUGGAACCAGAAACUGAGGAAGAGGUAGUUGAAGAACCGGAGCCCAAGGAAGAUGCAGUUGAGGAACCAGAACCUGAGGUAGAGGUAGAUGAGGUCUCGGAACCUGAGGAAGAAGUAGUUGACGAACUUGAACCUGGGGAAGAGGUAGUUGAGUUGUCAGAACCUGAGAAAGAGGUACUUGAGGAACUACAAACUGAGGAUGAGGUAGUUGUGGUCUUGGAACCUGAGAAAGAGGUACUUGAGGAAAUAGAACCUGAGGAAGAGGUAGUUGAGGAACCAGAGGAAGAGGUAGUUGAGCUCUUGGAACCUGAGGAAGCAGUAGUUGAGGAACCAGAGCCUGAGGAAGAGGUAGUUGAGGAACCAAAGCUUGAGGAAGCGGUAGUUGAGGAACUAGAACCUGAGAAAGAGGUAGUUGAGGAAUUAGAACCUGAGGAAGAGGUAAUUGAGGAACCAGAGCCUGAGGAAGUGGUAGUUGAGGAGCCUGAGGAAAAUGUCAUUGAGAAACCAGAGCCUGAUGAAGAGGUAGUUGAAAAACCAGAGGAAGAGGUAGUUGAGGAACCAGAACAUGAGGAAGAGGUAGUUGAGGAACCAGAACCUGAAGAAAAGGUAAUUGAGGUUUCGGAACAUGAGGAAAAUGUUAGUUGAGAAAACAAAAAGAAGAGGUAUUUGAGGAAUCAGAACCUGAGGAGGUUGUUGAGGAACUAGAACCUGAGGAAGCGUUGUUGAGGAACUAGGACC